GAUAAUAUUACUUGUGAAAUAAACUAAAAAAUUACAUUAAAUUAAAUUGAGACUAGAUAAUGAUAUGGUAGCAUCAGGGAAGAAGACAAAUAAUGAAGCUGAAUUAUUGUAAUGAUAUAGUGUUGACAUUGUGUUAAUUUUCGGUUGAUAUUUUGUUGAUUUUAGCAUUGGUGAAAAAGAAAAUGAUGAUGUUAAAUUAUUAUAGUGUUAUAAUGUUGAUCUUAUAUUGAUGUUGCGUUAAUAUUUUAUUGAUAUUUAGUUGAUUUUAUCAUUAACGAAAAAGAACACAUUAUAUGUGAAAAUAAAAUAAAAAAAUUGAAAUUAAAUUGAAAAAAUGUUGGGAAAAAAAAUUAGUAUAAAAAAGAUUGAAAAAAUGUAAAUUAGUUAGUUUAUUACAUAUGUUGAUUUCGUGUUGAUUUCAUGUUGAUAUUAAAACUAACGAAAAACAUCAACAGUAAAAAAAAGUCAAAAUCCAAAAAAAAUUAAAAAAUCAAAAAAAUUUAAAAUUAAAAUAUAUGAUAAAUAUUAAGUGCAGGAAUAUAAUGGUGAAAAAAAAUCAAAAAUGAUGAAAGAAAAUGUUGAAAAAUGGGAGUUAAUAUAAGAAGUAAAGUUUUUGUCAAAAAGUAGUAUAAAAGAAAAGAAAGUUGGUAUGAAAUGUAAAGAUUUAAAAGGGGUAGUACAAAAGUAAAUGUUGGAGAAAAUAUAGUAUUUCAUAUAAAAAGCCCAAUAUAGUAUACAUUGUUUAGGAAAUGAUUAAAAUUUGAAUAUACAUGAUUAUUAUAACGUUUUGUAAUUUAAAAUAGUACAUAAAAAUUAUAUUUUGAGUUUUAUUUUAGAAAUUGUUAUAAUUUUUAAUGAGUAACCUGUGAAUAUUAGAAAUUUAUUUUAGAAAUAAGAGUAACAUUUAUUCAUGACAAAUGCUUGUAGCAAUGACGACAAUCGAUUUGUCACUUGUGAUAUGGUUUGACGGUAGCAUUGUAAACUCUCCCCGUGGAGUAGAAUAUUUUGGGGGUAGUUAUGUGCAAGUGUCGUUGACUGGAAGAAUAAAUUUUCAAGAGUUGGUUGAUAUUUGUGGAUCGGCAAUAUUCAGUGCCGUGAGCCCGGUGGAGAUCAGCAAGAUAUAUUUCCGGGUACCUCAUGUUCAAGGGGAACAAAUAUAUUCCUAUUCGUUGUUGGAUGUCCAGGACGACCCACAUGUAUGUGUUAUUCUGACCGAGGCAGGUCGCAUGCCAGCACUAAGAUUUUUAGAGUUGUACGUGGAGUACCGCAAGGCGGUUGUUGAAGAUAUUUCUAUUGAUCAACUGCAUAUAUUUGCUUCUAGUGAGUCGGAAAGGGACAAUGAGGAAAAAGGAGAACACGAUCACUACGAGAGCGAAGAGGAGAAUAUGGAAGACAUACUCAUUGUUGCUGAACCUAGUAAUGUAGGAGAAAAUACAGUGUACCAGUCUCGACUGCCGGCACAUGUUAGACGUGCAGAUCUCGAAUUUACGUCGACUUGGACUCAUGGGAAAAGCCAAAAGUUGAGUGGGAGAGGGGGAUGGAGUUUGAAGCAGGGAUGACUUUCUCGAGCCGAGAAGCUGUUCGGGCUUGUGCUGUUACCUAUUCGGUGGACAAUGUAAGAGAGUUCAAGAGUUGUCGGACGACGCACACGACAAUAGUUUUCGUUUGCAAGCACAAAGAGAUAUGCCCAUGGUGGCUGCGUGCCACACUUCUUCAGAAAACCAACACAUGGACGUUGGCAAGAUAUAUCGGGCCACACACAUGCGAUAUGCAAGUGUCAGUUCGUCACCACCGGAAUUUUGGGAUUGCUUAGAUCGCCAAUUAUAUUCAGACGCAAGUGCUAGGUCAGCGUGACAUACGGAUCAAGACGUUGAUUGCGGGACUACUCGAAUUUACUGGAGUAGCUCUUCCGUAUAAAAGGGUGUGGUACGGCAAAGAGAGGGCAAUCUGCAGCGUUUAUGGGGACUGGGAAUACAAUUACAGUCAACUGACAAAGUUCAUGGAUAAUGUGGUGCAAGUGAAUCCUGGAUCCUUCUGGCAUGGCGAAGGCCCAAUAUCUGAGUGCGGCGGGCUUCAAUGUAGAAUUUUCCAACGGAUGUUCUAGACGUUCUUCCUGAUGGUGGACGGAUUUCCGUUUUGCAAGCCAGUUCUAUUCAUCGACGACACCCACUUAUGCGGC